UUUGUCCUUAAAUUUAUGAUUAAAUUGAAAGCAUUAGGCUAUCCAAAUUUGACCCCAUUAAACAAAAGUAUAGGUUACAUUGCCUUACAAAGAUUUUUCUCGAACAGGAUAUUACUUUUCAACAAUUAUAGACUAAAAUAAAGUCGUUUGCUCAUGUAUUUUUGAAGCGUCUUGGGAUCGGCAAACUUGAGAGACGAACCUGAAGGCAUCACUAGUGGAGUUGUGUGUUUAGUGCUGGCUCCCUCCGUCCUCCAUUAAGGCUCUGUUCCAUCCCCGUUGUACGGCGCAGGCCCGAAGUAGCGCAGCCGCUCUGAGUACUUCAUCUGUGGACCUAGGUGCGUAGACCAGGUGGCUGAAAAUGGAGGAUCACGCCGUUCAUCAGACAGAACACAUGACUACAAUCGAGGCCGGCGCCGUCAGCCAACAGGUCCAGCAGGUACACGUGGCCACAUAUACAGAUACAUCCAUGAUGAGUGCGGACGAAGACUCGACAUCCUCGCCGGAUGACGACCCUUAUGACGACACAGACAUCCUUAACUCAGCUGGUACUGAUGAAGUUACUGCUCACCUGGCUGCUGCAGGUCCAGUAGGUAUGGCAGCCGCUGCCGCUGUGGCAACUGGCAAGAAAAGAAAAAGACCUCAUAUCUUUGAAUCCAACCCUUCCAUUCGCAAAAGGCAGCAGACCCGUCUGCUCAGAAAACUCCGAGCCACACUAGAUGAGUAUACAACCAGAGUAGGCCAACAAGCCAUAGUGCUAUGCAUCUCUCCCUCCAAACCAAACCCUGUUUUUAAAGUGUUUGGUGCUGCUCCUCUGGAGAAUGUGGUAAGAAAGUACAAGGGCAUGUUGCUGGAGGAUCUGGAGAGCGCGCUGGCGGAGCAUGCCCCCGCCGGCGGAGAGCUGGCCUCGGAGCUGCCCCCCCUCACCAUUGAUGGCAUCCCUGUAUCCGUGGAUAAGAUGACCCAGGCCCAACUGCGAGCGUUCAUCCCAGAGAUGCUGAAGUAUUCCACGGGCAGAGGGAAGCCCGGCUGGGGGAAGGAGAGCUGCAAGCCGGUGUGGUGGCCUGAGGACAUCCCGUGGGCCAACGUACGCAGCGAUGUCCGCACGGAAGACCAGAAACAGAGGGUGUCUUGGACUCAGGCGUUGCGGACAAUAGUGAAGAACUGCUAUAAACAGCACGGCCGUGAAGAUCUCUUAUACGCUUUUGAAGAUCAGCAGGUUCCCACAACAGCCGCCACACAACACCACCUUACCACGGCGCAGAGCAUAGCUCACCUUGUGCCCUCACAGACCGUCGUACAGACCAUCAACAACCCCGAUGGAACAGUCUCCCUAAUCCAGGUCGGCACGGGUCAUACAGUUGCUACUCUGGCAGAUGCCUCAGAGCUUCCCGGUGUUACAGUGGCCCAGGUUAACUACUCAACUGUUACUGAUGGAGAGGUGGAACAGAACUGGGCGACUCUACAAGGCGGAGAGAUGACAAUCCAAACCACUCAAGCGUCCGAGGCCACGCAGGCGGUGGCGUCGCUAGCUGAAGCUGCGGUGGCGGCCAGUCAAGACAUCCAGCCAGGAGCUACAGUCACUAUGGCGCUCAACAGUGAGGCGGCGGCCCAUGCUGUAGCGACGUUGGCAGAAGCCACCCUUCAAGGAGGGGGGCAGAUCGUGCUGGCGGAGACGGCGGCUGCAGUCGGAGCUCUCGCAGGGGUUCAAGAUGCAACAGGUUUGGUCCAGAUUCCGGUCAGCAUGUACCAAACCGUAGUGACCAGCCUCGCCCAGGGUAACCGGCCCGUCCAGGUUGCCAUGGCACCUGUCGCCACACGCAUAGAUAACACUGUCACACUAGACGGCCAGGCAGUGGAGGUUGUGACCCUGGAGCAAUGACACUAUGGACCUUAAAAAGUAGUAGAAAGCACUGAAUGGCCACCUUGGAGACUUGUUUUCUCUCCUGUUUUCCAAGACAUCACAUUGUGUACAAUGUUAAAUAUAUUUUUAAAUGUACAUAUGCAGGGGAAAUAAAAGUGAGUGAUUGUCGCAUUGUGUUUACUAUGUAAAAAUAUGGAUUUUGGCUGUGUAAUUUUUUUUUUUUUCAUUAAGCUUCAUAUUUUUUAAAGAUCUUUCACGUUGACUGUUUCGUAUUUAUUUUAUUUUUUUGCAAAUAGCCCAUACUUAAACCAAAACACAUGGGAGGAAAGCCACGAAAUGUCAAAGUGUAUAAAUUAUGACUAUUUUUUUGUACCUUUCGAUGUGUAUGACUAUUCCGUUUUAGGAUGCAUUUAAAACCCACCUAUAAAUCACUCUUGUCCCAUAAUUAGUAACGUGUGCUGUUGACACUCCCAGUUGUUAUAAACCAUGAAAAAAAUGUUUGUUUUCUCAUCUACUGUAAUCCAAACACAUGCCAAACUCGCAGACUCAGGAUGUACAUCAAGGUGUUGUCUACUGCUGUAUUGCUUAGAAUACCUAUUGAAGCAGUCUUUGUCGGAUGUUUAUUUAUACUGCAUGGAUGGAGAAGCACCCCAUUAUUUUUUUUUUAAUUAACUCCUUUUUAUGUCAUUUACAACCAGUAUACAUCAUUUUGUACAUGACAGGAAGUUGCACGUGGACAGGAAGUGCAGCGUUUGCAAAGCUAAGAAGCAUUUUCAGCUGAAACAACAUAGCUUGCCAUGAUCGAUGCAGCUGUUACAGUCGGUUUAGCUUUCAUUCCCGUUUGUGUAUUUGACUAAAUAAAGUCCAGAAAUGACUCUGUG